AUGACGAACGACAAGAAAGAUUUGAAGUGUCUCAUUUGCCUCGAGGACAAUGCCUGCACGGGGUUUUCGUUGGUCCAGCUGAACGAUGAGAGCAAGUGCCGACACUCGGUGUGCCGCGCUUGUCUGCGACACUAUUUGGUCCAGAGCGAGAACGACCGCAGAACCAACGCCAAUUGUCCCGAACCCGAUUGCCGUGCACAGAUGCUCCAGUCUGUCGUGGAGGAUAUUUUGGGCCGUUCAUACAGCCCCAAGGUCUGGAUACCUGGCAAGGUAGGAGAAGAGAAGGCACAAAAGGAAGAUCCCGAAGAAAGCUUGGAGCGGUGGUUGCGGGAGAAUGGAGCCCAGCAGUGCCUGAACUGUAAUGUCUGGAUCACACGAGAAGAAGGCUGUGAUGCCAUGCAGUGCUUGUGUGGUUGGCGAUUUUGCUGGGAAUGUGUGGCCCCCAUUCGGACUUCCAAGGAUGAAAUCGAUGUGUGCAUUUGUGGCCAUAGCAAUACAGACUUUUAUGACAAUAUUUUGAACGAUGAAGGCCUGGGCGUGGCUCCUCGAUUGGCCACAUUGGAGGAACUUCGGGAUAUGGCCGCCUUCUAUGAGCGACGAAAGGAUGAAGACAACAGUGACGAAUACAUGUCAAAUUAUGAUCGAAGUGAGGUGGAAUCCUACGCCGUUGACGAGGAAUUGGACAGCGAAUGGGACAAAGAGUAUGAAGACGAGGAUGCUGUGGUGGAGGAAGAUUGUACUGUCUAUAUUGGUUCCAUCUUUGACUACGUGGAACCAGCUCUGGGCGUGUUUGCCGGAACCCUCUUGGACUGGGAGGAACCGUUAGAGGCCGGUUGCGUUCUGGUGGCCUUGUGGGCGGACAUGAUGGAUAUGGAGGACUCCACAGAGGAGGGCGUCCACGAGGAUGACGCACAAGCAAAUGAUAUGGAAGAUGUGCAUCGAACAGCAGAGGAAGUCAUAGAGGAGGGUCGAGUCGUACAUGAGGAGGAGGUUACGGCUGAUCGUGAUGAAGAAAGCGGAAAUUGCGAACCUAAAGAGCAGCCUUGUGAUGCCGAGAAUCAAUCAACAGAAACGGGGCGAGUCCGUCAAGAAUUUCCCGUUCCACUGCAAACGCCACCGAAACGAUGCAAGUCCGCGCCGCCUUCGAUAGUGUGCCCAGCCACACCGACAGCAACUACUUGUCUGGGAAUCGAGUUGACCAUCGGUCCGAUCCUUGCCCCCCCUGCGUGGAAUUGA